UGGUAAAGAUGGAAAGAGGGAGAGGAGGAGGAGGAGGAAGGAACCUGGGAGGCUCUGGCCUGCACAGGAGCAUUUAUUCCCAGUCCCAACAGCAGUACCACUACCCGGCCUCCUCCCAGGGGAGCUGCAUGGAGAUCCAGGAGCUGGCCUCCAAGAGAGUGGACAUCCAGAAGAAGCGGUUUUACCUGGAUGUGAAACAGAGCUCCCGUGGCCGCUUCCUGAAGAUCGCCGAGGUCUGGAUAGGAAGAGGCCGGCAGGACAACAUCAGGAAAAGCAAGCUGACUCUCUCCCUCUCCGUGGCUGCCGAGCUGAAAGACUGCCUGGGGGACUUCAUCGAGCACUACGCCCACCUGGGCCUGAAGGGCGGCCACCGGGUGCACGAGCACAGCAAUGACAAGGAGCAGCAUCCCCGGAGGCGGCAGCAGCACCCGCCGCCCUCGCCCCCGGUGUCCGUGGGCUCCGAAGAGCCCCCUCACAGCGUCCUCAAAACGGAGUACAUCGAGAGGGACAACAGGAAGUACUACCUGGACCUGAAGGAGAACCAGCGCGGGCGCUUCUUGCGGAUUAGGCAAACCAUGAGCAGGGGACCUGGCAUGAUGGGCUACUUUGGCCACAGCCUGGGACAGGAGCAGACGAUCGUCCUCCCAGCGCAGGGGAUGAUCGAGUUCAGGGAUGCUUUGGUCCAGCUGAUCGAAGAGUACGGCGAGGGGGACAUAGAGGACCGCCGGGGGGGAGGCGACGAGCCCCCGGAGCUCCCCGAGGGCACCUCCUUCCGAGUGGACAACAAGCGCUUCUACUUCGACGUGGGAUCCAACAGGUACGGCAUUUUCCUGAAGGCGCAGUGUUAAUUACUUAGGGGCCAUCAGAAGAUAAUUUUGAGGUGUGUUGGACGCCUGUCCGGUGCCUGACUUCCAUUACAUAUCUGUUAGAGACUUUACAGUAGGGAAUUUAACCCCUCCAAGCUAAUUUUCCUCAACAGAACAGACACCUUUGUCACUGACGUCCAGGCAGACGUGGUUGCUGUAAACUUCGAGGUCCUCCGGAGACCCGAGCGCAUGGCUUUUAAAAACACCAAAGAAACAGGAGGAGUCUCAGAAGGGAUGGGGAUGGGAUUGGAAUUGAGCAGAGUGAGAGGUGUAGGGCAGACGCUCUUGUGUUCGGUACGAGACCCCGGUGAGCCCAUACGGGACAGCCCAGUUCAAACCAGUCUGAGACUCUGGUACCAAUAAAGGCUGCGCUCAAGCCAUUGCAAUAAAAGCCAUCAUUGUGCCUGCACUGAAAGUGCCGUUGGAAUUGGUCGUUGUCUUCAGCUGCAAAAAGGUGUUUUUAAGUGAAAAAGACUUAGAGAUGAUUUAGAAGAUGGAGCAUAAUAACCCUGGGGUUUGCUGCUGAAUUCGGAAAGUGUUGUUAGGAGUUAAUCGGCUCUCAUGUUCAGAGGCAGUUUGGAUAUGCAUUGCUAUUCCUGUUAAAUUCCUGUGAUAUUUCCGUAAGGAAGGUUGGGGAUCAGAGCUCCCUUGCCAGCAAGAAAUAAGUAGGGUAGAGUUUGUAGCAAACGUAGUCAGAAAUCUCCAGGAUUUGAAAUGGGGUGGUGAUCCCUGGGAUGCUGAAUAAUCCGAAUUUUGAUGCCCCAGACUAUCCACGCUCAACCAGCUGGGGGUGUUUUGCUCCUUUAAAAACCCUCGUGGGUUUUCACAGCAGCAAAUAAAUCACGGUGGGUGUGGGAGUGCUACAUCUCCUCCACACCGGGGUGUCCACACUUGGGACUGCUGCUCAUCCUCCUUGACGAGCCCAUAGUCAAUCCAAAUCCUUCUCUGGCAAUCCUCCUUGAUGGGAGUUGCUCCCUAGUGAAAGUUAAUGGAUAAACCCCACCAUUACAGCACGCUCAGUUUUGAAUGGAGAGAAGGGAAUUAUGUCUUCUCCUUCACUCCCAGCAAGUGAUGGAAAUAACCUUCAGCAACAAAAAGAAAUAGGUGUGUUGGGUUUCCUUGCUGCAGCAGGUGGAGGAUUUUUCCUAAACAACCCCUGUUUUAGUGUCUGGUUUUCUUGGUUUCCUUCUUCAGUACACCUUGAGGGGUUUGGAUGCUCAGUGGGAACUGAAGAUGGUUUAAAACCACAAAUCUUGAGCAACCCCAAGUAUUAUGCUCUUGCAUCCUCUAUCAUUGGACUUGAAAAUGGAAUCCAGAUUUUGUUGUGUGUUUUUUUUUUUUUAUUCUCUUACCCCAGCCAAAAUAUCCCUGCAAACGUAGCUUUAAGAAAUAGCAGCAGGCAGUGCUGCUGCUCUAUCUGAGCCCCCAGAAUUAUAGAGCUGAGGGGACAACCUCUUCAGAAAGCACCUCAGUGACUCAGAGCCCACAUCCCGCUCGCUGUCACGAGGAUAUAGGCAAACCCUUUGGAAAAUUCACCCCCCAGUGAGCCCAGCAGUCUCCUUUAGUCCUUGGAAAUUAAGCUCGGGAGACAGGGGAAUGUGGAACAGGAUUUUUUGUUUUUAUGAUCCCCCUCAGCUGUAGUUUUUUGCCCCUUGGAGUUGGCAUCUUGUCCUUUAGGAAGGUAGAAUUAAGCAUGGCACACCUGAGGCCCGAAUGCAAAUCCUAGCACAGCACCUCUCGCUUUGGAAGGGCCUUUUAGGUGGGAAAAAAAAGCUCUUGUAGGAAUUUUUAGCUGUUUGGGUUUUCGGAUAGCUCGUGGGAAGCGCAUUGGGACAGCACACAGACGAUGUUGAACUGACUUUUUCUGUUCCUCCAAGACAGACUUUUUAAUUUGCUUCGGUAGUUUAGAGUUCGUUUCCUUGAAAGUCUUUUUGGACCCAUGAAAAUGCCCUUGAAAUGAGUCAAGUUUAUCAAAAUAUAUUGUGCACACACCCAUGCACCAGCCCACGUGUACGUGCAUGUCUCCAUGGGUGUGUAUACAGAUAGAGAAAUAUAUUAUUUCCCAAAACAUUCCUUUUUUUUAAAUUUUUUUUUUUUUUGGGUUGGAUUGGUUAUUUUAUUUGGAUUUGUUUCUCCCCCACCCCCCAGGAUAUUAACCAAAAGGUGUUUUAAAAGUCAUGGCAUGAAAACUCCUAAAUGUAAAUCUGAGUACCUUGUGAUGCUAAUUAACAGGUUUUUCCUGAAACUUUAUGUGAUGCUUAAUAUUUUCCUUAGGAAGUUUUGUUUAAUGUUAGAUCAUUGUUCUGGAGGAUGUUGGUCCUACUGGCAUUAAACUAAUGGAAAUAAAAUGCAUGUGUUACAAGUGUAGAAACGGUGAAGAAUUAAGUGUGAACUUACUGUACGAUACUGAUUCUGUUUUCAAACAAUCUGUUUUGCUGUUCAAUAGUUGACAUAUGGAAAUGCCAAUGUACUGUAAUUUAGCACUUUUCCAGUGGACCCUGUUCUCACUAUGCCCGAGGGAAGAAGCAGGUUUGGCUGGGGGCUGUCUGAGCUCAGCCCCUGAACCCUUUCUGUUUGUGUUGGCACCAGAACCGGCCGGGUAGAACUUCACUUGGAGUGAAGUUUUCUCAUCGGUUCAGCAGCUGGCACGAGGCAGAGCGGGGUGGUUCUCCAUUUCCAUGGCCAAACCAGGACCAUUUUGCAACUUGGUCUGGUGAAAGGCGUCCCUGCCCGUGGCAGGGGGGUUGGAACUAGAUGAUCUAUAAGGUCCCUUCCAAAGCAAACCAUCCUGGAAUUCUGGGAUUCUCUGAUUUGGGUGCAGACCUCGCUGCGGGUGGAUGGACUGGUGGCAUCACAUUCCACCACUGCAUCCCCCCGGGAACCAGGCUGGGGCCGGGAUGUCCAAGCUGGGGUGGGACAGGCACAGUCCCUGAAAUUCAAUGGCAGAAGGGAUAACCCCCCAGCCACCCCCCUCCAGCCCAAACCCCUCCUUUCCUAGUGUUAACAGGGUGCAAAGUGUUACUUGUCAUGUACUGUACUGAAAGGGUUAAUUGAUCAGUGACUGUAUUGUACUGUAUGAAAACUCAUGAAUUGCCUUGUAUUGUUUCUAAUGGACUGUUCCAUGUCUCCCCACUGCCUAUUCCCAACCCACCCCCAUGUUUUCCAAAGGAUGCAUGUUCUCAGUUAGGUCCUCCAAACUCUCUGGUGCUAAACUCUUCCGUAUCCGAUGGUGCUUCUGCGGACACUAACUGACCACAUGCCGAUCCGGAGCUUGAAGUUCACCACGUCUUUCUUGUCUGUUUGUAUGAAGUCUCACACACACACACACACACACACGAGAAAAAUUAAGGAUAAACUUGAAUUUGUUUCAAAGCCUCAUUGACAAUCUAAUGUUUUCUAUGUCUGCUUUUAUUUGGGAUGGCUUUUCUAGAAAGCAGCGCGCCAGCACCUUCGGUCCGGGAGGGGAUUUCAUCCUGUUCACUCCUUUGGCAUCCCAGGUGAGCUGCUGCCUCGCUGGCUUUGCAGGCUCAGAGGAGAUUGAUCCAUCAGGAGCCAGCGAGGAAGAGGAGGUGCAGGUGCCUGAAAAGAUGCCCAACCCUAAAAAGCAGCCGGGAUCCCUGGGACUGCCCCAUCUGUAUGUAGGUAGGUGGGCACUGAGGGUCUCGGAGGGGAUGAACCCAUCCCUUUCUCUGUGCCAAAAAUUGGCUUUUAAGGAGAAUGGAGGCAGAAAAUUGGGGUCCCAAAGGCAUCUCCGUCUCCUCCUGGCAUCACUCAUCUCUGCUGGCCUCCUGAGCCUGAGGUUUUGCAGGUGACACUCACCUCGGAUGGCAUGAACAGGGCCAUCCCCUCCCAACUCCCCCACCCCAACGCGAGCUGCUUUUUGGACAAAAGAAAAUCUGACUAUAUUUUAUAUCGAUUUGAAAACAAAGUCUGAUAUUUACCCCUGUUCUCAACUGAAUUUGCAUAUUGUUGUUUGCCACGAUAUUUGUUCUGUCUUCGAAUAAAUUUGCUUACUUGUGUAGUCUUAA